AUGUUAUCAUCUAUCCCCACCAGGCUCAUCGCUCGAAGGUCGCGCAGCCUGUCACCGUGCAGCCGCGUGCUCCAGACCACCGCAACCCAGGGCAACCGGGAGACACCGGCAGAGACAAUCAACCGCAACCCCAUCGUGUCCACGUCCCGGGUGUCCAGACGGGGGAUUCUAGCUGAAGACACCGCCGCUGUGAUCACCAGUGUUGUGAAGCAGCCGUCGGUGCAGCAGUACCACCACCUCGCCACUAGAUGGCUGUCCAGCCUGGAGAACCGCCGCAACUCCUGGGCGGCUCUGGCCAGCAGGGGGCGCAACACGGACCGGUACUGGGAGGAGAGAACCGGAGGAGGAGGAGAGGAGGGCCGGGGGACAGGCGGAGGAGCCAGCCGGGCAGGAGGGGCCUCUGUCGGGGUGCUGUCUGCUGCAGCCGUGGCCUUCUGCUUGAAGAAAGACUCUGAUAACAAAGGUGAUGCUCUUCUGGAGGCAGCGAGGACCAAUAACUCUCAAGAUGUGGCCAGGCUGGUAAAAGAGGGGGUCGACCCAAACUACCGCCACCGUCUCGGUUGGACCGCUCUCAUGGUUGCCGCCAUGAACCGACAGCACAGUGUGGUGAAGGUUCUGCUCGAAGCCGGUGCCGACCCGAAUGCCGGAGAUCACUUUAACAACGUUUACGACACCUCGCGGGAGAAAGGCAUCCACUCACUGGAAGUUCUCGUUUCCAGAGAGGAUGAGUUCAGCAGCAGGCUCAGCAGCAGGGCUGGUUUCCGUGGUUGCACGGCGCUUCACUACGCCACGCUGGCUGAUGACCCAAGCACUUGCCGCAUGCUGCUGGACGCUGGUGCCAACCCCCUGCAGACCAACGGUUUGGGACACGCAGCCCGGGCCUACGCUAAAGAGGGUGAAGUGAGCACAGUACUGCAGGAGUUCGAGGGAAAGUUCCAGGAGGUGCAGGCUCGGCGGGAGGCGGCGGAGAGGCGGAGGUUCCCUCUGGAGAGGAGGCUGAAGGAGUACAUCAUCGGACAGGAGGGGGCCAUCAAUACUGUGGCCUCAGCCAUCAGGAGGAAGGAGAAUGGUUGGUACGACGAAGAGCAUCCUCUUGUAUUCCUCUUCCUCGGCUCAUCAGGAAUCGGAAAGACAGAGUUGGCCAAACAGGUGGCUCGCUACAUGCACAAGGACGUCAAAAAGGGUUUCAUCCGUAUGGACAUGUCCGAGUUCCAGGAAAAACACGAGGUGGCGAAGUUCAUCGGCUCCCCGCCGGGAUACGUGGGACAUGAGGAAGGGGGUCAGCUGACCAAGCUGUUGAGGGCGUGUCCCAAUGCUGUGGUCCUGUUUGAUGAAGUAGACAAGGCCCAUCCUGAUGUUCUUACUAUCAUGCUGCAGCUCUUUGAUGAGGGUCGCCUCACAGACGGUAAGGGGAAGACCAUCGAAUGUAAAGACGCCAUCUUCAUCAUGACAUCUAACAUUGCAAGUGAUGAAAUCGCCAACCAUGCACUGCAGCUUCGUGAGGAAGCUGAGGAGGUCAGCCGCAGGAAGCUGGCUGAAAACCUUGAGGAUGUACAGAAAAGUGAUGACGUCAAAAUCUCCCGACAGUUUAAAGAAUCUGUGAUUCGACCGAUCCUGAAGGCUCAUUACCGAAGGGACGAGUUUCUGGGUCGGAUCAAUGAAAUCGUAUACUUCCUGCCGUUCUGUCACUCAGAGCUGAUACAGCUGGUCAGCAAAGAGCUCCACUUCUGGGCCAAGAAGGCGAAGCAGCGCCAUGACAUCACUCUUCAGUGGGAGCGUCCGGUUCUGGACCUGUUGGCGGGCGGGUAUAACAUGCAUUACGGAGCACGCUCUAUCAAACAUGAGGUUGAGCGGCGGGUCGUCAACCAGUUGGCGGCGGCGUACGAGCAGGAGCUGCUGCCCAAAGGCUGCACCCUGCGUCUGUCCGUCCAAUCAGAGGACCCGGAGGAGCGGAGCAUGCCUAGUCUACGCCUUGAGGUGGUGGGAGAGGACAGCUCAUCGAGGACGCUGGACAUCCGUCCACCGCUCAGCCCUGAACACUAACGCAACACAGAGAGGAUAUAUUUACAGAUAUGUAUGCACACAUCUUACACUUUCCACACACACCACAUCAUCUUCAUCAUCAUAGUGUCAGGAGGAUGGAUGGGUCUUGAUGGAUGUUACCAAUAAAAGUACCUCUGAUAAACACA